GUUCGGAACCGUUAAGUCCGUACAUGUGCUUUCACGUCCUAGGCUAGACGUGAAAAUGAAGUUAGAAAUAAUGGCCGGAGCCGAGUGACACUGACAUUACCACACAUCUACAGGAUAAUAACAUAUUAUAGGAUCUAUAUUAAACAGAUCCAACAUGGCGGGGAAUGUUGCGGUGGAGAUUAGCCCUGAGGAGAAACUAGAAAAGCUGAGGUUCCAUCAUUAUUCGCUGAAGAUAAUUCUGCGACUGUUGAUGGCGUUCGAAGCUCCAUCCCAACUUUUCAUGUUUCUUUACUAUAUAAUCCCUUACCUGUUCGAGGACUACUCACAGGGAACUCGGAAUGUCCUCAGCUUCUUCGUAAUCCUUGGCACCGUGGAAGGCUUGUAUAAUUAUUUCUGUGUAAUCCUCUGCGACCCGUCUGUUCCCAAGAAAGUUCAACGAAAUAAACACCAAUCAAAUUCACAGGAUCGGCCAACUACAUCAAAUCACAUGACAAAUUCCACCUAUCAAAAUGGAGUAUCGAUUGACCUCUACCCCGAUCACUAUGACGACGAUUUGGGUCUACAAUGGCGUUACUGUGAUAAGUGCGAGUGCGACAUGCCGCCGAGGUCGUGGCAUUGCGACAUUUGUCAGGGAUGUAUAUUAAAACGCGACCACCACUGUUUUAUGGUAGGGAACUGUAUUGGUCUCAACAACCAGAAGUACUUCGCUGUUCUGGCAUUGUAUGCCCUUCUGUGUGGAUGGGUUGGCGGUUAUUUUCAGUAUAAAUACCUGCAGACAUUUUACUAUCCGGAGAGCUGGUCUUGGACAGAUUUCCUUCCACCGUUUACAAUGUACCGCUGGCUGUUCGGUCGGUGGCCCGCCCUGACAUUUCAUAUCGUUGUAAUGAUUUGUCAGAUUUAUCUAGAAUUUUUAUUCGGAACUUUUGGGUUUUUAUAUUUUACAUUCCAAAUGACCGUUAUAGCGAAAGGAUACACAGCAUUUGAAAUGGCCAAAAUGAUGCCGGUUAGAAAUACCAACUCCAGAAACUUCAAUUUUCGCACUGUGUUCGGAGACUAUUGGGCACUCAAUUUCGUAUUACCUAUGUCGUACUUUUUCCCGCCUAAAGUCGACGGCAUUAAAUGGGAAGGGGUGAAAAUAGAUCAUAAUGCAUAAGAUGUAUUUCCUCAGGUGUUGAAGAAUAUUUUAUACAAUCAGAAAUAGCAGAGACCUACACCAAAUUAUAUAUAUAUAUAUAUAGGGCAAAGAAGUAAUUACAACAGUGUGGACAAUGAAAAUAUUAAAUUUUCGAGGCAAUCCGCCCCAUUUCUUAUUUGCUCAAUAUUAACAUUUCAAGUAAUUCGUAUCAGACAUACGUUUACAAACUAUACAGUAAGAUUUAGUACUAGUAUUUGAAAUUGGUUCAUUGAUUUGAAAUACAUGAUGUACAUUGUAUAACGGAUUUAUAACCAAUGUGUUUCGAAGCAUAUUUAUACAUUUUGUAUUUAUAUUAACUUAAAUUAUUGUUUGAAACAUGUAUAAACUCUAUUUUUAUGAUGUACAGCAUAAUAUUUAUCACUAGAAAUAUAAAAGUGAGGAAAUCUCUAUUUACAGAUUUUUUAAUAAGUAUUUACUCUACAGGGACCACAGAACCAAAUCAAAAAUAGAUUGUGGGUUUUCUCCGUUUGGCCAGAAGAUUUAAUAGGAAGGUGAAUGCAUCGGGGCCUAUUGAUUGGAUA